UGAUGUCAGACGACCGCAUGCGCCCCGGAUUGGAGAGAGAGGAGUAAACAAAGCCGCGAGGAGGAGGAGGAGGCGGAGGAGAGGUCUCCACAUCUCCAGACAGUCCGACCGACACACCGAAUCCGACUUUACGCACAGGACGGGGCGGCCCCGGUGGCGCGUUCUCGUCUGCUAACGGCUCAAAGUUACAUUGAGGGUCCCACUUUAAUGCGUGACGCGCGAAAAAAAUACUUUUGGAAAAGCUAAAGGGAAACUUACUAUUGUCUUUUAAUCCGGACGCUGUGCAGUUUUCUCGUGUGAGUGGGAGACUGAUUCCCUAACUCAGCGCGCAACUCCUCCUUAAUAAGUAUCGAAGGAAUCACUCGUCUGUGGUUAUUUUUACUCUUCUGUGCGCAGAUGCAAUUUUGAGAAACUAAAUAAGUGAAGUUAAAACAGAGCAGACACGCACCGGCUAUGCAGCCCGGUCGCUUGAAGACAGUCUGAAUCGUUUGAAUCAGACUUCACAUUCGGAACAUGGUCCGAUAAUUGGAAGACAGAGACAGAAAGUAAGAAUUAAAGAGUUUAAAAAAGACAUUUGGGACACUUUGAGGUCUGUUUGGGGGGACAUCCGCCUCUGACGUCCAGGUGUCCCGCCGAGCGGUGCGGAGUCUCCAGCUCAGGCCGGCAGCGCUGACAUGCUACCCAAAGUCGAGACUGAAUCCCUGGGACUCUCUCGAUCGUAUGGAGAACAAGGGCGCGUGCCAAGGAAUAUGCAAGCCCCCCAGUUAAAAAUGAUGGACUACUCCUAUGACGAAGACUUGGACGAGAUGUGUCCCGUGUGUGGAGACAAGGUUUCAGGCUAUCACUACGGACUACUGACCUGCGAGAGCUGCAAGGGCUUCUUCAAGCGCACCGUCCAGAACAACAAGCGCUACACAUGUAUAGAGAACCAGAGCUGCCAGAUUGACAAGACCCAGAGGAAGCGCUGCCCGUACUGCCGCUUCCAGAAGUGCCUCACCGUCGGCAUGAAGCUAGAAGCUGUGCGGGCGGACCGCAUGCGUGGCGGUCGCAACAAGUUUGGCCCGAUGUACAAACGUGACCGGGCGCUCAAGCAGCAAAAGAAGGCGCUGAUCCGAGCCAACGGCCUGAAGAUCGAGGCCAUGAGUCAGGUGAUGCAAGCCGUGCCCACCGACCUCACCAUCUCCUCAGCCAUCCAGAACAUCCACUCGGCCGCAUCCAAAGGCCUUCCACUGAGCCACCACCCGGGCCACCACACCGGUCACCACCACCACCACCACCAUCAUGCUACCGCCCUGCCCCCCACAGACUAUGACCGCAGCCCAUUUGUCACCUCGCCAGUCAGCAUGGCGAUGCCGCCACACGCUGGCAGCCUGCAGGGCUACCAGGCGGCCUACGGACACUUCCAGGGCACGCGCACCAUCAAGUCAGAGUACCCAGACCCGUACACCAGCUCGCCGGAGUCCAUCAUGGGCUACGCCUACGUCGAUGCCUACCAGACGGGCUCGCCGCCCAGCUUCCCUCACCUGAUCGUAGAGCUGCUCAAGUGUGAGCCAGACGAGCCACAGGUUCAGGCCAAGAUAAUGGCCUACCUGCAGCAGGAGCAGGCCAGCCGAGGCAAACACGAGAAGCUCAACACCUUCGGCCUCAUGUGCAAGAUGGCCGACCAGACACUCUUCUCCAUUGUGGAGUGGGCACGCAGCAGCAUCUUCUUCCGUGAACUCAAGGUGGACGACCAGAUGAAGCUGCUGCAGAACUGCUGGAGCGAACUCCUCAUCCUCGACCACGUUUUCCGGCAGGUGAUGCACGCCAAGGAGGGCUCCAUCCUAUUGGUCACUGGCCAGCAGCCCCCCGCCGUGUCACCCAGAGGUCAGGACGUGAAGAACCUGGAGAACUUCCACCUGGUAGAAAGCGUCCAGGAGCAGGUCAACGCAGCACUGCUAGACUACGUCAUGUGUAACUACCCACAGCAAACAGAUAAGUUCGGCCAGCUGCUCCUCCGGCUGCCAGAGAUCCGCGCUAUCAGCCUGCAGGCCGAAGAAUACCUUUACUACAAACACCUGAACGGUGACGUGCCCUGCAACAACCUGCUCAUCGAGAUGCUUCACGCUAAGAGAGCUUAG